AUGCCCACGCCUCCCACUAAGGCACUGGCGAAGGGCAGCACCCCGACCAGUGACCAGAGUGUGUCUUCGUCCCCAGAUGUGGCCCUCCGGCUGAGCAACGGCAGCCACCCGUGUGAGGGCCGCGUGGAGCUGCGCUACAACGGCAGCUGGGGGACCGUAUGUGAUGACAGCUGGGACCUGCGCGACGCCCAGGUGGUGUGUCGGCAGCUGGGCUGCGGCAGGGCGGCGUCAGCCCUCGGGCGGGCACACUUUGGCCAUGGCCUGGGCCCCAUUGCCUUGGACGACGUGGAGUGCCUGGGGCAUGAGGCCAGGCUAUGGUGGUGCCCGCACAGUGCCUGGUUCUCCCACAACUGUGGCCACCACCAGGACGCCGGCGUCAUCUGCUCAG